UUAUGACGACAUCAAGGCAGAACUCGAAAAGUCUCCCCAGAAUUACAACGAAAACUCCAAUCAGAGCUCGAUGAGUGACGACAAAACUGCGACAACCUUAAGUACUUCUCAGGUCAACGCCGCGUGUGGCGACUCCGACCUACGGAAUCUUGGAAGCAAUAGUAAAACCAGUUCUUACAAUGUGGAUUGUGGUAAUAAUGGCGAGCAUGAAAAGUUAACUUACCAAAAGGAAAGGGUGGAAGAUUGGACCCGAGAUGAUGGGCGUAUGGGAGGAACGGAGAAUCUCGCAUCUGACCCCUUUGGAUGCCAUUUUGUGACCAAUACCUGUUCUUCUUACUUUGAGGAGAGGUCUCUGCUCGCAGCGCAAGACAGGCAAGCUGCAGCUGAAAUGGGCAUCGUGGUCAAAGCGGAAACUGAUAUGAUUAAUCAAACCACCACCCCAAAAACUGAAUCAAACGUGAGAGAGCAAAUGGGUAACCCUGCUACACCUCAUGACGUUACUUUCUUCUCAGAAUACUCUGACAACAUUCAACACCAAAUGAAAAGCCAAAACAAAAUCACCGAACGAGACUCGCAACAACUGCAACCACCUUACCAGGAUACGACAAUGAAUAAAAGAACGUCGAUGGAGCAAUCCCUUUCAUCGGCUGAUAGAAAUAAACCUUCUAUCAGAGUGAACCGAUGCCACCAACGGUGCUUAGGGGAACCUAUGGAGUUUCAAAAUAACCGACAUCAGCAGCAGCAACACCAACAGCGUAAGCAGCAGCAUCCACAACAACACCAGCAGAAUGCACAGCAGCAACACCAACAGCAAGCAAGCAACGCUGUUUGUUCAAAUCCUUAUGGAAAUAACUUCGGAAAAACGGAAAGUGAUCCCAUGCUCUUGAGCGGAAGUGUCGAUCCUAAUGACUCGAGUAACAUAUUCUCAGACAUAAACUUUGCCAAAACUGAUAACAACAUCCCACCAUUAACUUUUGAAGAUCUCAAUCCCAUUGAAUCAAUUUCUUUUGACAUCGGUGUUACUUCCUUGAACACGAACAUCUUGGACCUUGAAAACAAAGAAGAAAACUUAAUUUCAGGUGCCUUGGGCCUAGAAGUAAGCAGCGGGUACACAGCUCUUGAUUUCGAUGCUAUCAAAACAGACGGGGAAACAUUUCCCGAUGCUUUCGGCGAUUCUGGCAGCGACGAUUUCCUAAAACUAGAUAUAGAUUCCAAUCAGUUCUCUCAACCGAGCGUGUUAAUCGGUAACAUUAUGGGCAGAGGACCACGCAUUGAAAGUAAGAACAUUAAAAGUAACCUCUCUGGUGAUGAAUAUGGAAACCAGCCGAUACCAAACAAAAACGUGUCUCAAGACAAAAAGCUGUAUGGAACUCUCGAGUCGUUGACGCCGGCCAACAAGACUUAUCAAGAACAAGUACUCAACGUUUUCGCUGAAGAUGAAACGUCGUCGAGUCAAAACGCCUCUAAUGAAGGUGGCAGGGACAUUCCCAGAAAAUCCUGCAAUCAGGGUGAAAAUUCAAAACUAAGGAACCUACUUGAGAAAGACUUGAAAGAGCCAACAAAGGAAAACCUCAAAGACUCUUCAAACAAAAAAGAUCUUUGUAAUAAGAAAAGUAGGAUCGAUCAUAGGGAGAACCAUGCAGCGCAGCAUUCAGAGUCUGUCAAACAUCAUCAGGCAGAGUCAUCGUCGUGCAGGCAACAACUGUCAGAUGUGCAAGAAACGAUCAAUUGGUUUCCAAACAAGCAGAAUCAACAAAUGCAGCCGCAGCAGAACCAACAGCAGCACCAGCAAGAUCAUCAGCCAACGCAUCAGAACCUCCAUCAACAGCAACAACGCCACCAUCAGCAGCAGAACCCACAGCAUCAACAACAGACCAACCAACAGCUAAAGACCCAACAACAGCAGCAGUCACAAAUCGUGCAGUUUCAAGACCAGCAUCACGACUCUGGACUUGACAAUCCUGGUCAGUACACGGUGAAGUCCAACUCAAGCAGGCAUGAACGACAUGAGAAACUACUUCUAGAAGAUGAAUACCCGAUCGUCAAAGAAGAAAAUGAUAGCAGCCAAGUAACUUCGGAUAAUAAUCAGCGGGAAUGCACACGCCACAACAACCCUGUUACAGGAUUCCACCUUACUUCCUCGCAGCAACAACACCAGGAAGUAAUUCUAAAUUCAAAACAGCUAACAAAAUUUGACUCCAAGCGAGGAGACAAACAGACAACUAUACACGAAGGCAAUGAAAUGCCUGAUCUUCGUUCCCACGAGCUACAAGAGUGGAGUAAUAAACGCACUGGAGCUGGAAACUUUGUUCAGUGCAAUCCACAAACCCUCGUUCAUGAGGAACAAUGUUGGUCAGAUGCUUACCAGGGCAAGAAACCAACUAAAACAGAACUGGGAUGGACACCUAAGCUUGCGGAAACAACAGCACCCUACACCAAUAAGUCUGGGAAGCAAAGCCAACUGCAGUCUUUCCGUGAACACAUUACUGUAGCUCGAAACAGCCGUGAAAAUUCAUACCAGCAACGACAGCAGGAACACAUUCAAGCUCGAUUCACGUAUCAAGUACAUGAAGAUAGGAAAUUUGAACCUCAAAUAACGCUCCAAGAAAGCCAAAGGCGUGCCGAACAAAAGGGCAUUGGAGAUCUGAUUGUUGAAAAUCAUCUCGACAGUAACACCUCGAUUCAUAGGCAAGUUGGAAGUGAUCAAAGAUUGAACUACACCUUAUCCCACUAUAUUCCAGGUGUGUACAGCUUCCCUGAAACAUGUGCUGUACCGCAAGAGGCUACACUGUGUUCUCCUUACAACGUGAUGCAUAUGAGACCUACAGUUCUUGGAGGAGCUCCUUUCAUUUCAAACGAAGUUCCCCAAACCCUUUCACGCGAGUACUACACGGCUUGUAUUCCAGACCGUGCGAUCGGCACUGGAUUGCAGAUACAUAGUCAAAAAAGAACGAUCUAUUCCCAGCCCAUAGCCCCUCUGCAAGGUUCCAACAGUGAGAGUACCAUGAUUGCCAAUUAUGGUGGCGAUGAACAAGAUUCAAGACAAAACGGAAUGGACAAAUGUACUACCAACCCUGUCGACCAACCUGAUCAUUUUCAGGUGGAUGGUCGUAGCGUGACUCAACUCCCCAACACCUACCUUGACAAGAAUAUGAACCAAUUCUCUCUCAACAAAGCAGUCGCAACAAAUCAAGAUAAAAAAGGUUACUACGCUAGUCUUACUUGGCAGUCAUCCAAUCAAAACGUAGCUCAGCAACUGGGUAAAAACUCAAAUGUUGUGGAUCUCUACACUCAGGCUCAGUUCCUAGUCAACCAGCGUCCAUCCCAGAAAAUGAACGCUACAAUGAGUCGUAAAAACAACGUACAGGCUGACGCCAACCAAACAUACCCUUCCGAGGCACAAGGUGUCGGACACCAGAUGAACGACCAGUCACAUAACUUCUCUCAGAUGUCCAUACAUUCCCGGAAUGAUUCUAAGCAUCAUAAACGCUCGAAAGAGAAAGGUAUAAGUUCAACUAGUGACUUCUUCCAGGGGUUAACCAAUCCCAUUGAGAACGUCCAACAGGAAAAAUUUUCGAACAAUCUACGCAACUUUAACGAGUUAACGCAGAGGCAAAAUCAAGAUGGAUAUCGACAGUCUAACACUGACAACUACUAUCACUCCAAGGGCUCAAAACGGGAGCACAGAGAACAGGAAAAAAAUAUGUCUGAAAGGCUCCACAGUGGAACAGAAAUGACUUUGCAAUCGCAUUCACAUACUUCCAACUCUUCAGUAGCAAACGCAAGUGACAAGACAAAGUCGUCGGACAAAUCAAAACAUUCCCAGCAAGGAUUUUCCAAACUCCAACAACUUGACUCUAUUCUAAGUUCUUCCUCGCGUCAUGUAACUUCUUCCACUUCGGAUUCCAAGUGCUCAUCCUUGGAGUUUUCCCUCGAAACUGAAUUCGUGGGUGGGUCUAAUCAACAGACGGAUAGCCAAGCAGACACGCAAUCAAGACCUAAUCAUCGAGAUUACGGAGACCGACCAAAGACGUCAACCAACCUCGAUACGAAAACGGACCAGAAACAUGAUUUGUCUGAACUUUUUGGCGAAGAAGAGUACGCAUUGCCAAAGCAUCUCCCUAGACUCUGGGUGUCCAACCGACAACGGCAUCAAGCUGAUGCACACCGAAAGCACCGCACCAACAAGCAGAAGAAACGUACCAAGGAUGACAAAGAAAGCUUCUCCGGUCAUCACUCUAAUAACCUGCAGCAGGAAAAUUCGCCAAACAAAGAGCGACCGCCCUGUGAAGAUGGACAGGAACGUCAAAACAGGACAGAGGGUAACGAGUUCUGCAAAAGGUUAGAGACAUCCAAAUCUUUCCGGUUCAAAAAUUCGAGAGAGAACAACAUGUCAGCCGGCGUCUCUUGUUCUGAUUAUUCAAAAAAGGAUGAGUGUGAAAAAGCAGUUCAAGGCAGUUUUUCGCUGUCAACUUCAGUAAAGUUUCCAGACGCUCUUUCGUCGGACGACCAAAUUAACAAUGGAUCCCAAUGUGGGCAAGCUGGACGAUCUACCGAAACAGGGGGAACCCAGUGUCAUCUAGGUGGAGGUAACGUUGAGAGUUUGAGACCGAAGCAACAAAUCUGUGAAAAGAAGAUGUCGACAGAAUCUAAAAACCAGUCUCUCAAUGGUAACGAAUUGCAUCCACCGAAAAGCAGCGACAUUACCGUUCAACAAGAUGGAGUUGGGCGAAUCACCUAUUCUCAAGAUGAACCCGAGAUGAAAGACGUGACAAUAUGCGCCGGGUCUCAAAAUUUUUCUACCAUAAAUUUUGAGGAGUACGAAAUGAUGCAAAAAUGCAACACUUUUUCACCUAGCAAAGAGACACCAGGUCGAACAGAACUGCAACGAAAGUCUCCAACUGCAUUCAGUACCGCCACUUUUGAAAUCCAACCAUCAUUCACAAGGAAGGCGGGUGGAGUUGUCCAAAAUUCAGAAACAUCACCAUGUGAAUUAGAAACUUUUGUCAAGUGCGGUGAUACACUCGAUAGUUUUUUGAGGCAUCGAAAUAGAGUUGAAGAGAACCAGCAAAACUCAUAUCAAUGCAAUUACCAACCAGGAACGGAUUCCACACUCAACGACAUGCAGAAAGCCCGAAAUCAUCAGGUCCCAAACGUGGACCAAAAACCUGUGCUAUGUUUGGCACAGGGGCAAAUGGGUGGAGCUAUUAACGCUUCUUGUUUUCGAAGAGCGACCAUCGGCAACAGUUCCCUCAGGUUCGAUUGUGUGGUCAAAGCAUCGUCACAAGAAAGUAUUCCUGAAAAUGUUAAUGCAAAAGUUUCACAGAAAUAUCGAAUGCCGUUGGGUGGUCUCCAAGAUCGUUUGUCAGCAUCGCUCCCAGAAAUACCGAUUUCCACACAAACGGGGCUGCCAAUUGCACGAAUCUUCUGUGUCGCAGAGCGGGCUAAUGAAAACUUGAAUCCCGUAUCGAAGAAUUUAACUCAGCAAACUUUCUACACAACCCACGAGCAAGCGACUGCAACGCAGAACUCAAACAAACUUCCUGAAAAUUCAUAUGGAUGUUUCAUCUCUCCAACUGAAAGAAAGCCUAUUGGUACAGCUUUUUUUCAUAUGCCUUCUUCGCCGGCUAUAACCCCUUCUCCAAUGUCCCCGAUGAUUUAUGGGGCACCGUCACCGAUGGUCCAGUCGCCAACAUCACCCAUGGUUUACCCUCUGGCAUCAUCAGCUUACGCAUAUUCUCCAGUUUCUCCUAAAACUAGCUCAAUGAGGUCUCUGCCGUCCCCUAUGGUUCAGUCCCCGUUGCCUUACGUUCAGAUAAUUACCGCGGUGAGUGGGACUACACAGCCAAUGUCUCCAAUGGCACACAACUCGGCAUCACACCCAAAAGCCUGCGCUUGUGGAUACUGUAAAGCUACAUGUUCUCCAUCCCGAUCUUCAUCCGUGGGACAAUCAAUUAAGUCGUCUUAUACCCGAAGGUUAAAUUCAAACCAAGCCGUUGGGGUAUCGACUCCAGUAACUGAUUAUGAGCACCAGAACAACUUUCAGAGACGCGUGGGUAGUUAUUUCCACACUGCUAAGCUGAAUCGAGGAGACGACCCUACUCUGCAGGUUGACACGGGUGGUGGUGGUGCUUUUGGGAUUCAGCGGAAUUCAAUCACAAGUAAUGACCAGAAUAGAAGCCCAUCGUUUGGACCCGGGAUUAACAUGCCUAGCCGUGAAAUAAGAGAAGUGGUCAUGUCACGCUCGAGUUCGUUUCCUUCGCCAAAACGGCUUCAACACAUAUCAGCUAUGGCUUCCGAAGUGGCUUUGGAUUCCACUCCUUCUGUUAACGCCAAUUUGAAUCCCGUAGGUCAGAAUACCAUUAUAAAAUCAGCAGUAGUUGGAAAACAUCGUUGAAGAAGAUUGAUUUCAAGAAGACAACUCCAUUAUCAAAUAUUUUAUUGCGUCCUAACUUCAAUAAUAAUUUAAGUCAUUUAAUGUAACGUAAACUCAGAAAGAUGAAUAGGUCAUACUGUCCAAAUAAUGACUCAUUUUCUUACCCACGGUGCGAGCAUCGGGCAACACUGUUACUCCAUUCUAUGAGCCAAAAUGUUAUCAGUUACUCUAUCUUAUUUUUUGUGGGUCUAGAUGACCCAGACAGGCGCAAAAGAGUUUAUCAAAAUUUGGACAAAUACUCACUAAUUUCUUUCCCUGAAACAUCCACAGAGACUUUGUGUAGUGGUAGCUUCACCGAAAUGAAGUGAGAUUUUCGUGGGUUCGAGCUUCGGGAAGCUCAGUAGUGCAUUUCACGAUGUCACUGUUGGGCGGUGCUUGGUAGCCGUCAAUGAGUGGUGCAUCAGCAUGGUCUUGUGUUGGUACUCUCUAGGUACUUGUUACCUAGGGAGAUAUUAAAUUCUUUAAAUCCACCCCUGUUUAUUAGU